UUGAUUACCAAUGACAUGUCACAAUAAACAGAUAAAAACUGAGUUACUAAUGGAGUGGCAUAUAUUUUACAGACAAAUCUGGUGAAGAAGCUAGAUUGACUCUUCACGACCACCGGUCGGUAACAAGAUGGCGGGUUUUCAAAGAUUUCCAAACCCGGAUCCCAUGUUCAUGUUCAAAGAACUCAAGGACAAUGGAAACAAAGCGCUGAAAAAGAAUCGUUUAGCUGAGGCCCAUCAUUGGUACAAUGCUGCCUUAUGUUUCUUACAACAACCGUCCAUAUCCCCGCAAAUUGCGAAUGAACAUCACGUUAUUUUGUGUAACAGGUCACACGUUUUUUAUAGACAAGGUCUAUAUCAACAGUCGGAGGAUGAUGCAUUGACUGCAAUAAGUAUUUGUCCAAAAUAUGUCAAGGCAUAUUGGAGAGCAUCUCAGGCUAUAUUGGCCGAUCCUAGAAAUAAAAAAGAACUAGCUGUAAAGUACCUAGCGGAUGCACUUUGGUUGGUUUUUCAAGAAGAUGGAAACGAACAAGAUCAGAGGCAUUUUUUAACAGAAAUUUGCAAGCUUGCAUCUGAUGCUAAUAUCACAGGUUCAAAGCAAACAACUUUGCGCAAUCUUCAUCUACCAGACGCUCGGAACAAAAUUUGGUUGUCAGUUGUAAAGAAACUUUGUGACCAGAAUAAAUGGGAAAGCAUGGCCAUGCUUUUGAUACAUUAUGACUCAAGGAAUGUUCAGCAUUCUUUGAAUACACUAGACGUUUCAGAAUGGAAGUGUGGUGACAUUAUUGUCGGCAAACUUCUGUCUUCUUUGUCCGAUGACAAAAUGGCAGUAUAUGGGGAAAGAUUGGCAAUUUUUCUUCUUCAGAAGGGCGCUUCAAUUGAAACUAUUGAAGAGUAUACAAUGACGAAUUCCUUGCACUUUCUCAUAAACUUGUCAUUGAGAAUUCGAUCAGUGUUAUUAUUAAGAUUUGUCCUUGACAAUUUCGAGUGUAUCCGAGCAAAGAUAAAUUACCAAGAUAACGAAGGGAACACAGCAUUACAUUUAGUUGUUAAAGCAAGUGUAGACAACGUUGUAUAUUGA